AGCUUGAACCAUUCAUGCACGGCACUGUAUGGCUAUCAGUAUGUGUGUUGCAAUCAGAUUGUUGCAAUAUUUUAAGAGGAAGGAACAUGAGUACAUGAGCACAAACACUUUCUUUAACCCGCCUCUACUGAUUUCGUUGAUAGUACCAGAGCAAACACUCCCUCUUGUUUCAAAUACCAGCUCUUGCUUUCUUCCCACCCCAAACCUCACAAAUAUACAGUGUAGAGUAUUGGCUUCUACCUCUGGCUCAUGUAACAUCACCGUCCACAGGCAGACUGCUGCAACAACAGAAAUCCAAUGGACGCAGUACAGGUGUUGCAGAUGGUAGUGACCGUGUUGAUCUUCGUGGUGGGUGUAACACUGAAUGGCCUGGUAGUUUGGGUGCUGGGAUUCCGCAACAGGCACAAGAGAGGAUCCAUAGGAGGUGAAACACAGGGUGCUGGAAGCUUCCGGAUGUACGUUGUGAACCUGGCUCUGGCUGACCUAAUGUUAAUUUUGCGCACACCUGUCAUGCUAGGCUAUCUAGCGCACAACUUUAACUGGCCCUUCGGAAAGCCUGUGUGUCAGUUGGUUAUGUUCCUGCGCUGCCUAGGAUUAUAUGUAGGGGCCUUUUUGCUGAGUGCCAUUGCACUGGAGCGGUGUUUGUGCAUAUUACGGCCUGUCUGGGCUCGAAUGAGACGCCCACGCUGGGUGGUGCCACUUGUCUGCAUCCUGCUGUGGGCAUUGGCUUCUGCCCUCUCUGUGCCUUACAUUACAGCUGCUGGACUCAAAGAUAUAUACAACACAACCCAGUGCAAAGAAAAUGUUAAUGAAACUGGACGUACAAUGAUGCUUGUGGUGGAGUCAGUGGCAGGUUUCAUGCUUCCAUUGGUAAUUUUCUUAUCCUGCAAUCUGGCUAUAAUUAUUACCGCAAAAAGGGCUGAAAAUGUGUCAUCAGUGUCCAGCAUGGCUGCCUCCACACCUACUUCCCCUACUGGAUCCAUUUACACAACACAGAGGAUGACCCGUCUCUACCGGAUCCUCUUCGUCACCAUGCUCCUGUUUCUCACUUGUUGGGUGCCGUACUUCACCUGCCGCUUCCUCAAAGCACUGGCUACUGCACACGAUUGGAAAAACCUUUAUAACGGAGCAGAACAGGGCAUAUACGUGGCAUUGUUCCUGGUAUACAUCAAGAGCGCUCUCAACCCAAUUUUGUAUGUAUUUGCUGCUCGCGGACUGAGCCGCACUCUCCGUGCCUCACUGCUCUCAACGGUUGAGCGAAUCUUUAACGAGGAUGUGUCCGAGUCCUUGCGCAGGAAGUCCUUGCGGAGAAAAGACUCACAGAUUUAAGUGCAAAAGUGUCUGUGGAUUACUGUUCAAAGAUAGAUGUUACAAAAUUUGCUUGCUCUCUUGAGAAAGCUGUGGUCAAAACUAAGAGAAAUGAAACAAGUUCCUGAGAGGAAGUCUAUCUGACCAUCUGAUGAUGUAAGAGACAGGACAUGGACCUCAAAUAUUAAGUUUGUAUAAUUUUUAAUAUAGCCAGAAACCAGAAGCAGACGAAAUGGUGAACUAUUAUGAUUCCUCUCACCCUCUUCAGGCCUUUGGUCAUUGUCAUUGUUCAGAGUUAUGCAUUAUUAAGAUAUCUUCCUUACAUUUAUACUUAGUGGAAAAGUUAACUCAAACUGUACACCUAUUGAAGAGAAGGCAUUAAGUUAUCUAACUGAGAUUUUAGCGCAUUCACUUCUUUUCUUGCUCAAUAUUUUUCAGUGACAUUCAGUGUCACAUUAUUAAGAAAUCCAGUGUAAAACUAGUGAAGAUAUGUAUGAAAUAUCAGGAAUGGUAGCUUUGAUCAAGGACAAUGGCCCUAGAAUGACAGAUGAAGCUUUGGGACCUUUGUUUGGGCAGAGUGUACACAUGAGAAGGUGAGUGAUCUGAAAAGACUGAACGAUUAAAGCGCUGCUGCAUUGGUCUCGUUAUGUGGCAAGGGCCAAAUCCUGCAAAGUUUUUCCUUUUAUGUUAAGGCUAUUUUAAAGUGUAUACUGUUGCACUAUUAAGGAUAAACCUAUGCCACAAAUUUCAUUAAAAAAUACUGAAACAAUUUGCCAAAUACAGUGACAAUUGUUUAGCAUAAUAUAUUUAAGUAAAAUGGUCCAAUUGUUAAUAAUUUUCAAUUUCACUAUCUGAGUACCACUAUUAACCAAACAGACCAAAACACAUGUUUAGCAAGUUUAUCCAUACUAGUCAAACAAAUAAAUGUCUUGCAAAUGUAUCUAGAUUAACAAUGUCACUUUAUUUACAUUCAUUUCAAUCAGGAAAUCAUGUAUUUAUACAAAGCUGAUCAUUUGACUGAUCAGUUACACUGGACUAGAAAAAGGAAAAUCUGAAAAUUCAGUUCCCUAUAAAUGUUGAUAUGUUAUUUUUGCUUAUAUACUUGCUUGUGUUAUAACAGUGACUUUGAAGUUAAUAUAAUUUGAUUUUGAUUAACAUCUAAAGUAUUAUGAUAUUAUGAUCUUAUUGUAAUAAACAAGGAUGGUAAUUUAUAA